AUGUCCAGCCUUUCAUUGAUCGAUUCCGUCAUCGACGAUGACGACGAGUUUUGCCCCCUCUGCAUUGAAGAGUUCGAUCUCUCCGAUAAGAAUUUCAAACCCUGUCCUUGUGGAUAUCAGAUUUGCCAAUUCUGCUACAACAACAUUAAAACGCAGAAUGAAGAAGGACGAUGCCCUAAUUGUCGGCGCGGAUACGAUGAAAGUACCAUCCAGUACAAGAUUCCUGACGUCGAGGAGUUCAAGGCAGAUCUGGCACUCAAACAUCGCAAGGCGGCUGCUGCGAAAAAGAAGGAAGCCGAAAAGCGUGAGAUCGAAGCUUCUAGUCGGAAGAACUUGGCCGGUGUCCGUGUCGUCCAAAAGAACUUGGUCUAUGUUAUCGGCCUCAACCCUACGAUCCGAGACGAAAACCAACUCCUUCAAACGCUUCGUGGGCGGGAAUAUUUCGGUCAAUAUGGCGAGAUUGAGAAAAUCGUAGUCAGCAAGGCUAAGCCCGGCGGCAACCCUAACCAGGGAAUCGGUGUUUAUGUGACUUUCUCGCGUAAAAUUGAUGCUGCGAUGUGCAUCAACGCUGUGGACGGUUCCGGAAAUGGCGAUCGAGUGCUCAGAGCCCAAUACGGAACAACCAAAUAUUGCUCCUCUUUCCUUCGCAAUGAGCAGUGCAACAAUCGGAACUGUACUUUCUUGCACGAGACUGGAGAAGACAGCGACAGCUACAGCCGCCAAGACCUCUCAUCCAUGAACUCGAUCUCCACCCAACGUCCGAACCUCCCACCCACACCCUCUCACGUGAGGUCCGCUCAACCCAUCGCCCAUCCUAUGCGCCGGCAACCGAGCAAGGAUGACUCGAUCAGCAGUCGCACCGGCAUACCAGAUGGCCCGGCUCUACCGUCAACUGCCAGCUGGGCUAACAAAGAUGUAGCAACUGCUAUUCACCGAACCAGAAGGACUAGUCUCACUGGCAGCCAAGCCUCCAAUAGCCCACGGCCCGCAAGCGUGAAUGUUGCAACCCCGGUCGAAGAACCAAAGCGAGCAGAAAAGCCAUCUCCAAUUUCCCAAGAAUCCCAACAACCUACCUCUCAAGUCGAUCCCCAAUCACCCGCCCCGCAACCGCGUCCUCGCCGUGUGGCUCAACCACCCAAGCUACCAUCACCGUUUGAUACUUUGCUCAAGGAUAUCAAUUCUCCUGAUUUCAAAUUCUCCUUCAGCACGGCCGAGCUAAGCGCUGAAGAGGUCAAGUUGAUCAAGGAUUACCCAUCUUUCAUCGAUCCAUAUGGUGGCGUCAAGCGCAGAGCAAUGCGCGAAAAGGUCGAGCAAGAGCGUCUGAGUCGCGAGCACGAGUUGCUCCAAUCUGUCGCAGCUGAGGAGGAGAGUCGUGAAGCUGGUAGCCUGCAGCUUGGUGGUGAGCCAGAAGAAGCAAACCCCCCGCGCAAUCGCCAGACACGAGAGUCUCACGGUGCUAUCCAACCUCCCUCGCAGCAAGACACCGCGGACAAUUCGACUGUUGGAUCACCUGUUUCUGCAACUAGCCAUCAAUUCCAAGGCUUGAACCUCGCUGGACGAAGCUUAACUCCCUUGCAGCAACAACAAUUGAUGCUACUCAAGUCCGCCGGUAAUCAGCAAGCUGGUCUGGCUGACCAUCUCAGCUCUGCCGCGCUGGACCAAGCUGCCCAAGCCCGCCAAGGUCUUGUGCACAGUCAAAUGGCACAGUUCAAUGCGCUGCAGGCAGCACAAAACCGACAGUCUUCUCGAUUUUCCUUCGCCAACGAAGCUGGUUCUAAGAAUAUGCCUAAUGCUCGCAUGUUGGGCCAGAUGCAAUCUUCAUCGCCUAACCCUCUCUCUGCCCCAAGCCCUCAACAUGGUCUUGCAGCAAGUGGGUUCUAUGCCAGUGGUGUGCAAGGUCCUCCGCCAGGACUGAAGACAGCCGGUACCCCUCCAAUCAGUGGUGGCGGAAUGUUUGCCCAGGGACAUGGCUUCACCUCUGGACUUAGUGGUAAUGGAGUAAAGCAAGACCCAACUCCCGAGCUAAUGCGCGAGCUCUUGCGUGGACGAACUGGUACGAAUGUUGGUGGUUUACAGGGCCAGGAGGCCGCUAAGCCACAAUACCCCUCCCCCAUGACUCCUGCCAAUGGCCUUCUCAGCUCCUUCUAUGGGCCCCAAGUGGGUAUAAUGCCUGAUUCUGGUGGCCCACAGAAGCAGAAGAAGAAGGGGAAGAAGCACAGAAACGCUAACACUUCCUCCGGUGGAGGUGGUGUAGUAGAUCUUGCGGACCCGAGCAUUUUGCAGGCGAGAAUGCAUCAAGUCGGUGCGAAUGCUACUGCUGGGCAAGCGUUGUACGGGAGUCAGGGUCAAGGUGGGUACAAUCCCUCGAUGGUCUAUGGUGGCGGUAUCAUGAAUGAAGACUUUCCUCCUCUUGGAGAUCAAUCUAAAGAUCGGCGACCUGUCGACAGCUUCGGGUUUCUAAAGUCUCAAUUACCUAGCGAGUCAGCCGCUCGUUCUGGGACUCCCACUCUGCCACCUGGACUGCCUCUACCUCAUGCCCACCCCUCGUCUUCCGUCUUCCAGGAACAUAGUUCUUCUAAACCUUCAUCCCCUGCGCCAAUUGUUCCGCCUGGCUUGACGCCGAACAUUUCACGACUCAACAGCCCAUCGCAGAGCCGUAUUGACAGUCCGUCUCGUCUUUUGAGUCCCGAACUCACAGUCGGCGCCCCUUUAACAUCAAGCCGCGUGAAAGACGCUUCUCAGAUCUCCUUUGGAUCGCCAGUGCAAAAGUCCGCGAGCAAGGCUCGUACCCAACGCAAGAACGAGUUCAACAUUGGAGCCGAUUUUAAGGACUCUUCUGCCAAGACUGGAAACCAGUCGCAGCCGGGUUCUGCUACUAGAAAAGCGAGCCCACUGGAUCUUGGUACCUCAUUGCCCGUCUCCAGCAAGAGUGAGCAGAUCCCAGCUCCUAGCUCUGUUUCUGCAAUCGGCUCGCGGCCCGACACGCCCCAAACAAUCGCUUCUCGCCUUUCCGACUCCCCUGCGCCUCGUCAGCCCCGUAUUCUUCGUGUGGUAGAAACCCCAAAACCAGAAACUCCCCCACUUGUCACCGCACCCUCUGUGCCCGCUUCCAUGGUUGGAGGAACCAAGUCCCGCUCUAGGAGACAAAGUAUGUCAUCAAGCAGUAUUCCGGAUACCUCUGUCGAUAUGGGAUGGGAAGGUGAUUACUAUCCUUCCACCUCUGUUUCUCGUGCGAAUUCUCCUCCCGCGUCUUCUCGUAUCGGUUCAGCACCCGUGCGCUCCAUGACUAAGAGCCAAGUCAAGAAGGAACGCAAACAAAAGGCGAAGGAGGCCGAGGCUAAGAAGGUUGAAACUGCGCCUGUGAGUGAGGAAACUGUUCAAGCGCCUAUCAUGGGGCGGAAGCGCAAGACCAAAAAGGCCCCCACAGCCACUGUGAGCACAGUCGAUGCAUCGGCUGCCAGUGCCCCCGAAAAGAUGAGCACUGCAAAACCAGCAAACGCUUCUCCAGUCAAGGCCGAACCUAAGGCGGAUACCGCAAAGAAACCUAAAGCCAAGGAGACCAAGCCUAAGGAACCGCCUGUAGAGCCAUGGCGCUCGAACAAUACAAUUGGACAGUUGGUGAAGGAUUCCGAGGCUUUUGGAAGGUCAAUUAAAGAUCUUUUCGUCGAACGAACUAAGCCUCUUCACGAGUUGCUCGCUGAGAUGCACAAGUCCGGCGAAAUUGACCUCAACAAAAGUUCCCUCUUCAACCCGAGCAAUCUCAGCCAACGCACCGACAUGAAGUGCACUGCGGAGGACUACGAUUAUCUUCAGUGUCCCAAUGAGUUGACCGAGGAGGAUCGGAAAACCUUGCUUCGCGGAGAGCCCGUUCGAAUUGGUGAUGAAUUCCUCAAGACUCGAUGCCUCAUCACGCCCCGCGGCUGCGUCCUCCGCCACCUCGACCCAGAAGAGGAGGAGCGGUACCUGGAGCUGGAGAAGACUACAGCCAAUACCUCGGAUCCUUUCAUGAUUGGAGACGAUGCGAGCAACCCCAGUGGAGGUCUGGAAGCUCUUUUCGCAAAUCCGGAAAAGUUCAACCUUUGCUGGGUCGACGACAUGCCCACUCGUCUCGGUGCCACGUCCCCGUCCUCUUCUCUUGAGGCGGCGGAAUCUGUAAUCCCACCUAACGUCCUCUCAGCUAUGGAGGCAGACAGCACCCGCAAUCAUGACUGGGCCGUCGCCAACUCGGCUGAAUUUCUUAACACCACCCCUGCUGCCGUGCGCUCCUUCGCCGCUGUAACCGCGCAGCACAUGCUGGGCAAUCCGGGCAUGGUUGGUACUAAUCCGACUCUCGAUGACGUUGCCAGCUUGACCAACGAGGAACUGAAGGAUCUCUCUGCUCGUUCCCAGAAAGACCUUGAACUCACCCGGAAAGAAAUGGAUUCGCUGGACAAGAAGUUCGCAGCUUUGCUUCGACGCAACAAAAAGCUUCAGCAGCAGGCAUUGAACUUUGCUGCUGGAACGGAGGUGUAA